AUGAGACAGCCCGGACUCCCGCUGCCAGAAAAGGAACAGGCGGCCGGCUCAGGGGCUCUUCUGAGCCCAGUGGGCCUGACUCAGUGGCGCCAGGGCAGCUCCCGGGUGUUUCUGAAGGGCUACACAGGGAAGAGCUUGGAAAAGGAACAGGCGGCCGGCUCAGGGGCUCUUCUGAGCCCAGUGGGCCUGACUCAGUGGCGCCAGGGCAGCUCCCGGGUGUUUCUGAAGGGCUACACAGGGAAGAGCUUGGGUGCGAAUACUCCAGAAAAGCAGCCACUCGUAUGGCCCGCCUGGGUCUACUGCACUCGCUACUCGGAUCGUCCAUCCUCUGGUGAUCGCCCCGGAAGCGCGGGGCGCGAUCGGUCUCGGCGCUUCAAUUCUCACGGCUCGGCGUUCACCGCGGAGCAGCUGCAGAGACUCAAGGCGGAGUUCCAGGCGAACCGCUACAUCACCGAGCAGCGGUGGCAGACCCUGGCCCAGGAGCUCAGCCUCAACGAGUCCCAGAUCAAGAUCUGGUUCCAGAACAAGCGCGCCAAGAUCAAGAAAGCCACAGGCAUUAAGAACGGGCUGGCCCUGCACCUCAUGGCCCAAGGACUGUACAACCACUCCACCACCACGGUCCAGGACAAAGACGAGAGCGAGUAGCUGCCGCGGGCCGGGCCAAGCGGUCCGGCCGCAGCGCCCGCGCCCCCUCCUGGCACCGUCCCCACGUCCUCGCCGGCCCCACACCGGGGAGAAAUAAUCAGCGCGAACGGAGGAAGGGAGCAACAGGGAAAAAAAGAGGAAGAAAGAGAUCCUCAGAAUGGACAGUUACGUUUAAACAAAAUGCUUUUGAAAGGGGAGACUCGGACAGGUGCUAUCGAAAAAUAAGAUCUAUUCUCUAUUCACAGUAUAAGGGACGAAACUGCGAACUCCUUAAAGCUCUAUCUAGCCAAACCGCUUACGACUUUGUAUAUAUUUAAUUUCAGGUAAGGAAAACAAAUAUGUGUAGCGAACUCUAUUUGCUGGACAUUUUUAUUAAUCUCCUUUAUUAUUAUUGUUAUAAUUAUUAUAAUUAUUAUAAUUAUUUUAUCGCCCCUCCAACUCUCUACCCCAGCCCAGUUUCGUUUUCGUUGCCUUUUUCUUUUGAAUGUUAACUGCUUCUCCGGUGCCUCCCGCCCCGCAUCGCUGGCCCUUGUUUCUCUGGGAUUUUUCUUUGUGUGCGUGAUAGUGUGUUUCCUCGCGUGUCUGCCCAUCGCCUCUCCCCCACCUCCUGAGACCCUUCUGUCGAUCUGUCUGUCCCGUACCCCUUUCGUUUUCCGGAGACUUGUUGAGAAAUACGACCCCACAGACUGCGAGACUGAA